AUGACCUCCGCCCCCGACCUAGCGACGCUCACCUCUUGUGCCGACAUCUUUUCCGGAAGUCAUACCCUCCCACAGAUUCGAUCCAUUCACAAAUCACUCCAUGUCCAGAUUGAGGAGAAGGCGGCCCGUCUACGGACGCAGGUCGGCGGCUCGUACCGCGAACUUUUAGGCACGGCUGACACGAUCGUUCAAAUGCGUGGCGAUAAUGGUCGAGUGCAGGACCUUCUAGGCAACAUGGGGGCCCGGUGCGGACGAGCAGUCAUAUCUUCCAAGGCGUCUGGGCUUGCGAAAUUUGUCACCAGGGAUAGAGAUCCGAAAGCGAUCGAGACAGCGACGCUAAAGCUACUUGAUUCAUGUGGGCUCAUGAUAGCCAGGAUAUUGAAAGGUGGUGCGGGAGUCGAUGAGCACAUGAGGAAGGGCGAUAGAUUGGUCCUGGCCACAAAGGUGUUUGUAAUCGGCCGAUUGUUGAUCAAGAGCUUGAGGGAGGAUGUGUCGUCGGAGCACGCCCAGCACAUGGUUGACGCUGCUGGUAAGACGUUGGAGUCGCUACGUCGCCGUAUUCAACGGAGCAUCGAGCGAUUACUUGAGAAUGCGGAAGAUGCGACAGACACGGAGGAUGUGAUCAAGGCAUUGUGCGCUCAUAGUCUUGCCAAUAGCUCUGGGGCCAAGCAUGCUAUCUGGCUCUUCAUUCGAGUAAGACAGCGGGCUAUGGAGGCUGCAUUGGACUUGGAGGAGAGUGAGCGAACGACUACUACGGAGGAUGUGGUUCGUAGCUUGAGGCUAUACUCCAAGACCCUUCUUGAUGUGCAGGCCUUGGUUCCAGUCAAGCUGUCACAAGCGCUGUCCGCACUGAAGAAUCACACCCUGUUGGCAGACGCUUCUCUCAAAAAGCUCGAAGGCUUACGAUUGGACAUUUAUGAACGCUGGUGUAGCGAUGAUAUUCAAGAUUUCACGCCAUUCAUCAAACAUGACGAUCUUGAUGGCAAGCAGGCAAGAGAAAUGCUUGGCGCGUUUGCCGAAAAGGGUGGGCAGAUCGUCAUUUCUGGGCUGCAAAAGACGCUCGGUCACAUGAUGGACUUUAAGUCAAUUACUGACCUGCGAACCCAGGUACUGCAGCUUUGGAUUAGAGAUGGCGGCCGGGCCAAGGGCUUCGACCCGCAAGGCUUGCAAGACGAAAUGCGCGAGGCCAUCAAUGCCCGGCUGCUGGCCGUCGUCGAAAUCAAAGCCACAAAGCUGCGGCUUGUUGGAUCUGAAGUCAAGGCUACCCUUGAAGGGUGGCAAACCAGCAUUUCAGAUGCGCAUAUCAGCCUCUGGGAUGACAAAGGCUAUGAUGUCGCCUUGUCACACGGAGCCGCGCCAUUUAUUCAGGAGGUUGUCUCCCGGCUAUACGGCCGUAACGACGCAGUUUCAAAGGCAACUCACAGCUACAGUUCAUGGUUCCACAUUAUUGACGACGUAAAGACCGUCGUGGAGCAGCUGCGAAGACAGCGCUGGGACAAUGACUACGACGAGAUCGAGGACGAAGAAACCAUUGAAGCGAGACAGAGGAUCCUUAGUAAGGAGGACCCCAAAAAGUUGCAAGAGAAGCUGGACACAACCCUAGACAAGUCAUUUCGAGACCUCGAAGACCAGCUCCAGGGCUUGUGGAAACAAUACUCUGAGCACAAAUCCAGCGGCGCCAUAGCCAUCUACCUCAUCCGCGUGGUACGCGACAUCCGCACACAGCUCCCAGACCGUCCGGCUAUCAAGGACUUUGGAAUAUCCAUGGUUCCCAGCCUUCACAAUCAGGUUGCCGUCAUGGCUUCCAAGUCGGCGACGGAAGAGUUCGUCUCCACUGGUCUGUCGGAUAAGAGUGUGGCCAUGAAACCGCUGUGGGAGGGAGAGCCGGCACUACCAAGUCAGCCUUCGCCAGCUGUUUUCCAGUUGCUGAGGGACUUGUCGCUGUCAAUGACGGAUUUGGGAGUUGAUCUGUGGACUCCUGUGGCGAUGGCGGUGAUGAAGAGUUUGCUGGGGACAAAGCUUUGCGAGCCGUGGCAUAAGGAGCUUAAUGGAUUAUCACCAGAGGGUGGACGGCGUGAGAAGAUUGGCAAUGACGAUGAGGAGAAGAACGACUUGGAUGAAGAAAAGUUCAAGGGGCCUGAGGCGAACACCGUGGACAUUUGUACGCAAUGGCUGUUUGAUAUUGCGCUCCUGCGCUGCUGUAUUGCCAAGGGUGAAGGGGCACGAGAGUUUGAAAAGCUGGAUGUCGAGGUAUAUAAAAAGAGUGGACUCGAUGAAGCGGCGAGGAAGAAGAUUAACAAGAUGGCGCAAGACUUUGGGGGACGCGUCAACUUGUUGUUUGGGCUAUUGGCAUAG